ACCCCGGUGCCGCUGCCCUGGGCCCCCCCCCGCGGUGUUUUUUUUCCCCGUCCCCCCCCCACGGUGCUCCCGGUGUCGCCAUGCGGGGCCGCAGCAACUCGGGCGUGCGCCUGGACGGCUACGGGCGGCUGGUGCAGCAAACCAUCCUCCGGCACCAGGACGCAGUGACCGGGUUGCUGCCCGCCAGCGCCGACCACCGCGACGCGUGGGUGCGCGACAAUGUGUACAGCGUGCUGGCCGUCUGGGGGCUCGGGCUCGCCUACCGCAAAAACGCCGACCGAGACGAGGAUAAGGCCAAGGCGUACGAGCUGGAGCAGAGCGUGGUGAAGCUGAUGCGGGGGCUGCUGCAGUGCAUGAUGAGACAGGUGGACAAGGUGGAGGCCUUCAAGUACAGCCAGAGCACCCGGGACUGCCUCCACGCCAAGUACAACACCCACACCUGUGCCACCGUGGUGGGGGACCACGAGUGGGGGCACCUGCAGCUGGACGCCACCUCCCUCUACCUGCUCAUGCUGGCGCAGAUGACGGCCUCAGGCCUCCACAUAAUUCACAGCCUGGAUGAGGUCAACUUCAUCCAGAACCUUGUCUUCUACAUCGAAGCAGCCUACAAGACGGCGGACUUUGGGAUAUGGGAGCGCGGGGACAAGACCAACCAGGGCAUCACCGAGCUGAACGCCAGCUCCGUCGGCAUGGCCAAGGCUGCCCUGGAGGCCCUGGAUGAGCUGGAUCUCUUCGGAGCAAAGGGAGGCCCGCAGUCGGUCAUACGGGUGCUGUCGGACGAGGUGCAGCACUGCCAGUCCAUCCUCCACUCGAUGCUGCCGAGGGCCUCCACGUCCAAGGAGGUGGACGCCAGCGUGCUCUCCGUCAUCUCCUACCCGGCCUUCGCCGUGGAGGACAGUGAGCUGGUGGAAAUCACCAAGCAGGAGAUCAUCACCAAGCUGCAGGGGCGCUACGGCUGCUGCCGCUUCCUCCGUGACGGAUACAGGACCCCCAAAGAGGAUCCCAACCGGUCCUACUACGAACCCGCGGAGCUGAAGCUUUUUGAGAACAUCGAGUGUGAGUGGCCUCUGUUUUGGACCUACCUGAUCAUCGACGGGCUUUUCAGCGGAAACAUGGAGCAGGUGCAGGAGUACCGGGAGGCCCUGGAGGGGGUCCUCAUCAAGGGGAAGAACGGGGUGCGCCUGCUGCCGGAGCUCUACAGCGUGCCGCCGGACAAGGUGGAUGAGGAGUACAGGAACCCCCACACCGUGGACAGGAUACCCAUGGGCAAGCUGCCGCUCAUGUGGGGCCAGUCCCUCUACAUCCUGGGCUGCCUGAUGGCCGAGGGGUUUCUGGCUCCGGGUGAAAUCGAUCCCCUCAACCGCCGCUUUGCGACCGUCCCCAAGCCUGACGUGGUGGUGCAAGUGUGCAUCCUGGCGGAGACCGAGGGCAUCAAAGCUGUGCUGAGGAAGGAAGGCAUCGACGUGGAGACCGUGGCCGACGUCUACCCCAUCAGGGUGCAGCCUGCUCGCAUCCUCAGCCACAUCUACGCGCGCCUGGGUCGCAACAAGCAGAUGUGCCUGACGGGGCGGCCCUACCGGCACAUGGGCGUCCUGGGCACCUCCAAGCUCUACAACAUCAGAAAAAACAUCUUUACCUUCACCCCCCAGUUCAUCGACCAGCAGCAGUUUUACCUGGCUCUUGACAACAAGAUGAUCGUGGAGAUGCUGAGGACGGACCUCUCGUACCUCUGCAGCCGCUGGAGGAUGACCGGGCGGCCCACCAUCACCUUCCCCAUCUCGCAAACCAUGCUUGACGAAACGGGCAGCAGCGUGCACCCGGCGGUGCUGGCGACGCUGCGGAAGCUGCAGGAUGGGUAUUUCGGGGGCGCAAGGAUCCAGACGGGUAAGUUGUCGGAGUUCCUGACAACGUCGUGCCGAACGCACCUCAGCUUCAUGGACCCUGGGCCGGAGGGUAAGGUCUUUGCCAGCGGUUACGAGCUCGGCAUUGGCAGCUUUGAGGAGCUAGACCCUGAGGAGUGGCUGCAUGGCUUGCAGUUGGCAGAGGAUGCGGACACCUUCGACGAGGUGGCGCAGUACCUGGACCACCUGCUGCAGCGCACGGUUCCCCAGGCCAACCUCCCUCCCACCGCCCAGCGCGGGGGGCUGAGCCGCUUCCGCGCCGCCGUGCACACCACCCGAGACCUCAUGUCCCUGGCGUCCAAGGCCAAGGAUCUCCACGUCCAGAAUGUGGGGAUGUACGUCCCCAGCAAGAUCUUCCAGGCAUCCCAGCAGUCGGUCAAGUUGCUGAGCUCGCCCCACCAGCAUGAGCAGGAGGGCAAGAGCCACAUGCUCCAUGCAGAGAUGAACCUGCCCCGCGACGAGGCUGGCAACGUGGACUGCAAGGCACUGGUGGAGCAGCUGCGCAUCUGCCCCACGCUGCAGGAGCAGGCGGACAUCCUCUACAUGCUCCACAUCCUCAAGGGACCCGAGUGGCACACGGGGCUGGAGAGCGAGCCUGGCCCUACUGUUAAGGAGCUCCUCACCGAGCUGUACGUCAGGGUGGGCGCCACGCGCCAGUGGGCUCUGAUCCGCUACAUCUCCGGCAUCCUGAAGAAGAAAGUGGAAGCUCUGGAUGAGGCCUGCACGGACCUGCUGUCUCACCAGAAGCACCUGACGGUGGGGCUGCCCCCCGAGCCACGUGAGAAGACCAUCUCUGCCCCGAUCCCCUACGAGGAGCUCGUCCACCUCAUUGACGAGGCCAGCGAGAAGAACCUCAGCGUCUCCAUCCUCACCCAGGAGAUCAUGGUGUACCUGGCCAUGUACAUGCGCACCCAGCCCACGCUCUUCGCGGAGAUGUUCCGAAUCCGCAUCGGGCUCAUCAUCCAGGUGAUGGCCACGGAGCUGGCGCACUCCCUGCGCUGCUCGGCUGGAGAAGCCACUGAGAACCUGAUGAACCUCAGCCCGUCCGACAUGAAGAGCCUCCUCUUCCACAUCCUCUCCGGCAAAGAGUUUGGGGUGGAGAAGAGUGUGCGAUCGGUGGACUCGUCGGUCACCACCUCCAUCUCCAUCUGCGAGGUGGGCGCUGUCGGGGCCACCAAACCCGAGCGUGCUGGCAUCGUCAGGCUGAAGAGCGAGAUCAAACAGCAACUGGAUAAACGUAGGCAGUCUCUGACCGGGAGUAAGCCCAUCAGUUUGCAGUCCGGGGAUGGUGACCUGAUGUCCUCUCUGUCCACCGGGCACUCGGAGCUGCUGGGCAAGGGCUCCUUUUCGAGCAUGCUGGAAGACCAGAGCGGGAAGGACAGCCGCCAGGGCCAGUGGAAGCGGAGACGGCGGCUGGAUGGAGCCCUCAACCGUGUCCCUAUGGGCUUCUACCAGAAGGUCUGGAAGAUCCUGCAGAAGUGCCAUGGUCUUUCCGUGGAGGGCUUUGUUCUCCCCUCUUCAACAACCAGAGAGAUGACCCCGGGGGAAAUAAAGUUUGCCGUGCAUGUGGAGGCAGUGCUCAACCGCGUGCCCCAGCCGGAGUACCGGCAGCUGCUGGUGGAGGCCAUCCUGGUGCUCACCAUGCUGGUGGACAUGGAGGUGCACACCAUCGGGGGCAUCAUAGCUGUGGAAAAGAUCGUGCACACAGCCAACGACCUCUUCUACGAGGAGCAGAAAGCCCUGGGCGCUGACGACGACAUGCUGGAGAGGGAUCCCACGACGGGCAUCUGCAACCUGCUGUACGACAGUGCGCCGAGCGGUCGCUUCGGCACCAUGACCUACCUCUCCAAAUCCGUGGCCCUCUACGUCUACGAGUUCCUGCCCGGCGACGGCUGUGCCAUGCAGUAGAUCUCGCCGCUUUUCUCCCCGGCCUGAGGGCUCGGCGGGAGGGUUUUUGGGGGACGACGGACCUUCGGGCUGGGUUUGCAAGCAGACGGCCUCGUGCUGGGAGAGCGGCACCGGCAGGGAAGGGCUGAGCUCCUGCCAGCACCUGCCUGCCUUUCGGUACUCUCCUCAGGGCUGGUUGUGUCCGAAGGGGCUUGGAAGGACCCCCCCCUUCUUCCUGCAGCAGUUUGGAGGUUUUUAACCCGUUCUGUGCUGCUUUGUCCUCCAAAUCUGCAGGGUGUAGCCUAGCUAGAGCUGGUGCUCUUCCAGCUGCUGAUAGGGAUAGCGCUGUUGGACUGAUGGGGAGCGGGCAGCCCGUGCCUUCUCCUCACCCCUUUCCGCCCCCAAAAUGCUGGGGGAAGUGUUUUCCACGUGUGUUCGCUGACCUCUGGGUCUGGUUUGCCUUAAAGCUGCUGGGGGGCUGUGCCAGCAGCCCCCUGCCCCUCAGGGCCUGCCUGGCUGUGAGCCGGCUUGGGGCCCCCCCGUGGGCCUUUUUUAACAAAUGUUUUAAAAACAAACUCAAAAAAAAAAACACAAAAAACAACCACAAAAACAAACAAACAA